GUUUCACUCUGAGCUCUUCAAUGAUCAUCACACACCUAGUUCUGUCUUACCGGUUCUUAAGCCAGUAUUAACAUAGGCAGUGUUCUUCCGGAUCUGUAUUAUUGUUAUUUUUUUAUUUUGUUGUACUCAGCAGCUCAUUCAAGACUGCUGCAACACCUAGAUUCACAUUUUAAUUAUCAGACAAUCAUCAGUCACUGGCUGCUGUCAGCUGUUCAAAUGUUGGGAGACAAGGCUCACGGUGUGACUCUGAAGGUUAUGGAAUACUCAUAUGAUGAUGACCUGGAAGAGCUGUGUCCUGUGUGUGGAGACAAAGUGUCCGGAUACCACUAUGGCCUGCUGACCUGUGAGAGCUGCAAGGGCUUCUUCAAGAGGACGGUGCAGAACAACAAGCGGUACACAUGUGCGGAAAACCAAGAGUGUAAAAUAGACAAGACCCAAAGGAAGAGAUGUCCUUUCUGUCGCUUCCAAAAGUGUCUCAGCGUCGGGAUGAGAUUAGAAGCGGUGCGUGCAGACCGCAUGCGUGGGGGAAGGAAUAAAUUUGGUCCCAUGUACAAGAGAGACCGGGCCUUGAAGCAGCAGAAGAAGGCUUUGAUACGAUCCAGCGGGUUCAAGCUGGAGAGUGCAGCUCCUCCACCAGCCUCUCCGAUGCAAACCGACUAUAGCUUCACUGGCUCUCUGCACAACCUCCCCACCAUCUCUAAAAGCCUGCUCCCCUCCUCCCCAAACUCCAUCACCCCCACAGACUAUGAGGCCAACCUCUACGGACCCCCUUCACUGGGCAUGGCCAUGCAGUCCCACGUGCCCCUCACCACCCAAUACCAAUACACAGCCUUCCCUGGCAGGGCAAUUAAAGCAGAGUGUCCCGACUACACCAGCUCCCCUGAGUCUCUGACAGGAUACCCCUACCCAGACAUGUACCCCUCAGUGUCGCCGCAGCCGCACAGCCUGCCGCCGCUGGUGCUGGAGCUGCUCCGCUGUGAUCCAGAUGAACGGGUGGUGCAGAAUAAGAUUGUUGCUCAUCUGCAGCAGGAACAGGGCAACCGGGGCCGGCUAGACAAGCCCAGCACCUUCAGCCUAAUGUGUCGCAUGGCAGACCAGACCCUCUUCUCCAUAGUGGAGUGGGCUCGGAGCUGCAUCUUCUUCAAGGAACUGAGGGUGGGAGACCAAAUGAAACUGCUCCAUAACUGCUGGUCGGAACUUCUGGUCCUGGAUCACAUUUUCAGACAAGUGCAACAUGGAAAGGAAGACAGUAUCCUGCUGGUGACUGGCCAGGAGGUGGAGCUGUCGUCCAUCCUGUCCCAAGCUGAGGCAACUCUGUCGAGUCUGGUACAGAGAGGUCAGGAACUGGCAGCGAGGUUGCGGUCACUGCAAGUGGACCGCAGAGAGAUCGCCUGUCUGAAAUUCCUCCUCCUGUUCAACCCCAAUGUGAAGCUGUUGGAGAAUCAGGCAUUCGUGGAGGGCGUCCAGGAGCAGGUGAAUGGGGCUUUGCUGGAGUACACCCUGUCCACCUACCCUCAAUUCCAGGAAAAGUUCAGCCAGCUGGUGGUGCGGCUGCCGGAGCUGCGCUCCCUCAGCACACAGGCCGAGGACUACCUGUGCUACAUGCAUCUGAGCGGAGAGGUGCCUUGCAACAACCUGCUCAUUGAGAUGCUGCAUGCCAAACGAGCGUGUGUGUGAGGGACGUAUACAGGAUGCUCCACCGUCUUGUGUUGUUUGUCUAGGUGAGACUGUGUGUGUAUGAGGGAUAGUGUGUGAGAUGAAAAAAUCAAAUGAAGAUAAUUUCAUUCUGGGUCAUCUUUCUGAGGGCUUUUGUUUGAGUUGGAGAGGAAAGAAUGUUCUUUUGAGUUUGGAAUUAUAAAGCUCCAUCUGUGCUCAAGGUAGUUUUGAGAUUUUGAAUGUUAAUGUUUUCAUAUUCUGGAGGGCUCCAUUAAUGGGAACUUUAUGAAGUGGAUUUUUCCCUGUUUUUAAAAAUCUAAAAUUAGAUCUGUCUGUAGAGUUACAUUAAAUCCUCUUUUACCAAAUAUUACACAAAUCCAACAUCACCAACAAGAUUUUCUAUGUCCCACAGAGCUGCCCAGCAAAGAUUUAGACUCAGAGGGAGAGGCUCCAGCCUGCACCAGUGCUGAGGAGCUAAUAAACUGUAAUGUCAAGAUGAAUAUUGAGAUGUCUGUCCAUGGCUGCAUCCUGCAUCAUACAGUGAGCUCCACACUUCAAUAUAUUUCUGAAAUCACUGCAGAACAGUUUACAGUAAUACUUUGAUAGGGUUUUUAUUGUGAAAUCUGGUGCUGGGUUGAGCUGAUGUUGAACUGUCACAUCACAGGAUAGGACUAUUUGCAUGGAAACAUCUGAUGAUAGCUGGGUGAGCUAAUCUGUAACUUUUUAGAUUCAGCCUCUUUUUAGAAAUCAAAUUAUAGUGUCAGAAUGAAUCAUUUUUGAUCCAAAUGUCAGAUGCAACUUUAUGAUUUCAAGAUCAGCAAUGCUGUUCUUAGGUUAUUAUUAUUAUUAUUAUUAUUAUUAUUAUUAUUAUUAUUAUUAUUAUUAUUAUUAUUAUUAUUAUUUGGAUGAGGACAGACGUCAGGGUAACACAACACACUGUGGUCUUGUCAGACUAGACUAGCACUGCUUAUAUCUCUGCACUUGUUCUUUUAGUCACCAACUUUACAAAAAAUAAAAAAGUAAAUAAAUAUGAAAGUUAUAUGAGGUUCAGUAUGGUUUUGUUUUAAUCUAUUUAGAUGUUAAUAUAUGGUAUAUCAAAGUCAGACAUGUUAAGAAAAAAAAAUCUUAUUUUAUUGAGACCAAACUCUUGCCAAGAAAACUGAAGAUGGGAGGGGGAGAGAGAGAAUAGAGAGAUAAGGAGGAGCGUGACAUACACAAAGAAAGGUGGAGAGAAAAAAGCAAAUGCGUGAGAGAAAAACAGUACACACUGUUCCUUGUGGGUGAAAAAUGAAGGGAAGCCAGAGCAGGGAGAGGAGGGAAAAAAACACAUCAUUGUGCAAAUGGUAAAGGAGAGAUGAAUGAAAAUGACAGCAUUUUUCUUAAACAGUAAACGUGUGAAGGCAAUUGGAAGCAUCUUUAAGUGUUUGCCCUUCAGGUUUCACCAAGACAGAGACGACACAGGGAGGGAAACGUUGCAUCUGGCAACAUUUGGUUUCACGUCUCUUUUUAAAACAUAAUUUAUUUCUGGGUCAACGUUUCAAGAAAACAAAGGACCCUUAAAAAAUAAAGGUGCCAUGGUCACAAUCACAUUUGUGUUACUUUUCAACACAGUGUUCUACAUGUGGAUUAAGGACUGAUUGAUCUGAGGUUGUGAAGAUUGUUUCUGAUUUGUUUUUCACUGAAGCUGUUACAGAGAAGGUUGUUAGUACACCUAAUAAAAAUAAUUGCAUUUUCCAACAUAUACUCUGUAAAUAGUGUUAAAAAGGUUAAUGCUUAAUAUUUUCCUAUUGUCAUCAAAUCCCAUUUACUGACUUCCCUACACUGUCUAUGGCUCAGUGUAGGGAAGUUUCCCUGUUUGAGUAUACUUCCUCCUAUUUGAGUGAUACUCAAACAGGAGGAAGUAGUGCAUGUGUUGGGAAUAUUUUCAAUUUCAGUUUUCAGUGUUGGCAUUCUAGUGAGUAUUGGCAGCAGCAGAGUGGAUUGUGUUAGCCGUUAAUGAGAUUGCCAUUUUGUUCAACCUUCUCUCCAAGAUUUACAUAAAGCACAGAAUGUUGACAUGGAAAACCAGGGUUUGUGUCCAAAAGUUUAGGAAAGCUCUGGCUUUUGGUUAAAUGUUGAAAAGUUAACCAUCCCGUCACAUGCUAGAAAUCUCAUUGACUUUCUCAAUAUUCAUCCCAAAAGAAGAAUUUUCCUGAGCUUUAACCAAAUGCUGUGAGUUGCUUAGACAGAGCCACAAAGGCAUGUUUUAGUUACCACAAGCAAAUACUGUAGGAAAACAAAACACGUGACAGUGUGUUAAGUAUGAACAUUUUAUGACUUUUGGGGAAUUACAUUUAUUUAAAAAUGGCUUAUGUUGAAAACCAUAAUUCAGGUGAUUUAUCAUGUCUUUAAAAAAAUAUUUGUUGUUGCAAAUUAGUAGUACAAAAACAGAACUUUUAGGAGACUGGGUUUAUUAAUUCAUUCAUCUGAAAUCAUGUUAAGGGAGUUUUUUUUUUUUUUUUUUUUAGUCCUAAGCAAUCAGUAGCGAGUGACAUAUCUGUCCACCCUGACAUCAUUUUUUUUUGACAUGGAAGCUGCAGUAGUGUUUGCUUGGAGCAAUAAACUAUUACACUAUUUGUCAUGGAUGUAGCUAGGUUGCUAGCUAGCUCUGUAGGAGGAUGAUUGAUUGCCCCCCAAACUGCCAGGUGUCAGUGGACUCAACACCAGUGAUGUAUGAAUCACUUUAAAAAUGAGAGAUGGUUGCUCUGGUUUAGAGGUCGGGAUCCAGUCUAGUGACAUAAUGAUUUUUUUUUUUUUUUAAGAUUUUGCUUAUGUCCUCUAUAAACAGUAAAGAGAUGAGAAGUUAAGAGUUUAAUCCAGAGUUUUGUUCUUGUCAGCGUGUAACCAUCAUUGGUCGCAGAAACUUUCCAUUGACAAAAACCUCAAUAAUUGGUCUAAAACACUGUAUUGUAUAGUUGUCACAGCCAGUGUUUACCUGUGGCACUUAGUAUGUUGAAAAGUAGCACUAAUGUAUUUUGUCCCCAACUGGACUACCACACGUAUUAAACCCCUUUUUGAAAGCAUGACUCUCAGCAAUGAUGAUGGUGUAACUGAGGCUAACUGUUACUGUCACCAGAGACAUAGACAAAGACACAGUUAAAGCAGUGUUUGUAAUAUUGUGCAGCUCAACUUUCUCUCUGUGGACAUCUAAAUAAUUACAUGCUUGUCCAUUGAUGUGGCAGAGUUCAUCAUUCAAGUAUCGUAGACAAUCACUCCACCUGCCUUAACGUUUGUCCCCCUUGGUUUUCCAGUUAAGACAGCUGUGUGCUAUCACUCUGUACAGUAUAUUUAUGUUGUGAAGUGAAUAUCUACUGCAAGACAAAGAUACAUUUCAACACCAGAAAAGUUCUCUGCUUUAUGUUGAGGUCAAAUCGCUACUGUUGUGGAACUGAUUCUCUUGAUAUUGCCAUUGUUUUUGCUCACUUUUUUCUUCCUGUUAGUUGAAAGUCUGUCUUGUCUUAAACUGAAGUGCUUUUCUCCCAAAAGAGAAGUGACCAAAACAUUUUGUUUUCUUUAAAUAUAUUUUAUUGUAAUAGCAUCAAACCAAUAAAAUUCAAUGAAGUAAAGCUUCA